AUGGGAAAUCAAGCUCGACAAGGAGGAAAUUAUGGUGGUAAUUAUGGGAAGAAUUGGCAAUCACACCCUAGCACAGGGUGGAACCAGAAUGAUAUUGCUCAAUCUAGUAGACCUCCUAUGCAAAGGCCCAACUUGUAUGACAGGCAGUCUAAAUUAGAAGAAACAUUGAAUCAGUUCAUGCAGGUCUCAAUCUCUAACCACAAGAGUACUGAAGCAUCUAUAAAGAAUUUGGAGAUUCAAGUGGGGCAGCUGGCCAAACAAUUGGCUGAAAAUUCUGGUGGAAAUUUUUCAGCCAAUACUCAUACUAAUCCAAAGGAGAAUUGUAGUGCAAUUACAACAAGAGGUGACAAGAGAGUAGGUGUGUUGGAGGAUGAGGAAGAGCAGCAGGAAAAAGAGAGCCAGCUAGCAAGAGAAUUGAAGAUGAAACCCAAGGUGUCUAGUACCAAGGAUAUGCCAUAUCCCCCAGCCCCAAGCAAAAAGGAUAAAGAGAAGCAAUUUGCACGUUUCAUGGAGCUUUUUAAGAAGCUUCAGAUCAACAUUCCAUUCUCAGAGGCAUUGGAGCAGAUGCCCACUUAUGCAAAAUUCAUGAAAGACCUCUUGACAAAGAAGAGAAAGUUCAUUGAGCAGGAGAUUAUUGAGUUGGAAGCGGGGUGCAGUGCCAUAAUUCAAAAGAACUUACCUCCCAAGUUCAAGGACCCUGGAAGUUUUACAAUUCCAAUCACUAUUGGGGACCUAUCAGUUGGAAGAGCACUGCUAGACUUGGGUGAAAGCAUUAACCUCAUGCCCUUGUCUAUGUUAGAUAGAGUUGGCCAAGUGGUAGUAAAACCGACCCGCAUGACUUUGCAACUGGCUGACCGAUCUAUCAAGUAUCCUUAUGGGGUGAUUGAAAACAUGCUCGUUAAAGUUGACAAAUUCAUAUUUCCAGCUGAUUUUGUGGUUAUGGAUAUGGAAGAAGACUCUGUUAUUCCUAUUAUCUUGGGGGGUCCAUGA